AUGGCUAGUAUUGUAGUGGUUUUCGACUUUGACAAAACCAUUAUUGAAUGUGACAGCGAUAACUGGGUUGUUGAUGAAUUAGGUUUCAAUGAUUUGUUCAAUCAACUCUUUCCCACCAUGCCAUUGAACUAUCUCAUGGAUAGGAUGAUGAUGGAGCUUCAUUCUAAUGGAAAAACAAUAGAAGACAUUGUGCAAGUUUUGAAGAUGAUUCCUAUACACCCUAGAACUAUCCAUGCUAUCAAAGCAGCCAAUGCUUUAGGGUGUGAUUUGAGGAUUGUAAGUGAUGCAAACACAUUUUUCAUUGAGACAAUUCUAAAGCACUUUGGAAUUAGGGAAUGUUUCUCGGAGAUUAACACUAAUCCAGGUUAUGUUGAUGAAGAAGGAAGAUUGAGAAUUUUGCCUUUCUAUGAUCUCAACAAGCCUCCUCACACAUGUAAUUUGUGCCCUCCAAACAUGUGCAAGGGACUAAUCAUAAAGAGAAUCCAAGACUCUAUAUCAAGUGAGAAAAAUAAAAGAUUUAUCUAUCUUGGUGAUGGUAGUGGAGAUUAUUGUCCAAGCUUAAGCCUUAAAGAAAAAGACUUUGUGAUGCCAAGGAAGAAUUUUCCUGUAUGGGACUUGAUAUGCAAAGAUCCUUCACUUGUUAAAGCUAAAAUUUAUGAAUGGAGUGAUGGAGAAGAGCAAGAAAGAGUUUUGCAUCAAUUAAUCAACAAAAUUUCAAUGGAAGAAAGUGCUCAAUUCAUUUCAACUGAAUUCAACAUGCAUACUCCAUCGUUUUCUGCUCAUGAGACUUUACCUAAAGCUUUACAUGUUCUGUUAUAA